AUGUCUGUCACAGCCAAUUACCAAAGUUCCGUGCCCUCGUUCAAAACCUCCAUUCUCGUAGUGGGUGGUGCCUAUGCCGGCUUGGCAGCGGUGAAAAGCUUCCAGAUCCAUUUAGCAGAACGGGCAAAAAACUCAGAGUACACUUCCUGGUUCCAAAGUCUAUCGCAAAAGAUCUCCAUAACUUUGGUUGAGCCUCGGGCCGGUUUGUUGAAUGUGCUCGGGAUGCCUCGAGCCAUAGUGGAUCCCAAUUUCGCCAAGUCCCAGUACAUUCAAUUCCAAGAGUUGAACGAUUUACAAUUUGACGAAGUGAUAUCCAGGGACCAGAAGAUAUUGCAGACAUUGAACGAUUCCAAAGAAAGCUUCGAGUUGAAAUAUGUCCAUGGCACUGUGACGUAUUUGGAUGACCACAAGGCACAAUAUAUGCUCAACAACGAUCCUGAUAGCGAAAAGGGACUCAUUGACUUUGACUACGUAGUAUUAGCUACUGGCAGAGACAGAAGCUGGCCCACAACACCAGAAGGCUACACUUUUGAUCAUUUUAUGGAAGAAAUGCAAAGAGCGCAUGAUAACAUUGAAAAGCAUGAAAUUAUUUCUGUCAUAGGUGCUGGAGCUGUAGGCAUAGAAAUUGCUGGGGACAUCAAAAAUCACUUCCCAGACAAGACAGUCAACUUAAUACAUCCCCAUGCGUCUUUUCCUCCAGAACCUUUAAGCAGCGAAUUUCAAGAUGCCAUCAGAGACUCCUUAAAGAGAGCCAAUAUUAAUAUAAUUACCAACACCAGAAUAGCCGAAGAAAAAUCCAACGGCGAUUUAAUUACGACUACAAACGAAACUAUUAAAUCCGAGCUCAAUUUAUGGUGCACAUCGCAUAAGAAUAACACCUCUAUACUCUCUAGCGAGAUUAGAGAAUUAUUUGUGACCGAGAAAAACGAUAUACAUGUCAAUCAAUUUCUUCAGAUGGCCAAAGGUGAAAGAUUGCACCCCAAUUUUUUCGUUCUUGGAGACUUGGUCAAUUUGCCCAUCAUCAAGUCAGCAGGAUGGGCAAUGUACAUGGGUAGGCAAGCUGCCAACAAUAUCACCAGCAUGAUUUUUGACCACAAAUUAAUAGAGCCAUUUCCCGAUUUAACCAAGAUGCCUCGUGGAAUGGUGAUAAUUGCUGGAAACGAAGAGAUUGUCAGUGAAUUGAGUGGGGAAGUGACACUCAAUCACGAGAACUAUGUUGUAGAGUACAAGGAUUAUUGCAUAGGGAAAGUACGGGCUACACUCGGACUAUAA